AUGAUUGAAAAUAACAAAGGUUUGAACAAAGAGGAUCCAAGAAGAUCUAAAGCGAUAACACGUGACCGCUUGACUUUACGCGAUUUACUGAUUCUCGACCGCGUUAUCCUUAAGCAAUCCAUGCCGAAAAUUACGAAAACCCGCAGUACGACUUCUCGUACAGAUCCCCUCGAUAAAUCGAAGAAGCCUACUGAAACUCACAAACAAAUCAAGCAAAAUGUAACUGGAUCAAAGGAGUUGCUCAACAAAAACGCCACGGAAUCAGAAGCUGAAGCUUCAUUAUCAAAUCCCGAAUCUGCCAACAAUCCAAACCAACUCAGAAGCUAUGGAAUACGCGGAAAGCAAGUUUUGAGCAUCCAAAUGGAUGAUGAUCUUUGUGACAUGAUGUCUGAAAACUUUAACGACCCAGAUAUCGAAUUUAAGGCAUGUGCCAACAUCACACUUAGGGAUGCUUACGAAAGCCAUAAAUAUGGAGCUGUAGAAAUACAAUACGAGUAUGAUCAUGGUGACAGUUGGGAGCAUGAGAUUAUAUUCUUAGGAAAGGAGAAUAAAAAUGUUAGGAAAGCUAUGCUUAUCCCUGAUAAGUUGAAGGUCGUUUGCAUGGCAGGUGAGGGUCAUCCAUGCGCCGAGGAUUGUGGCGGUGAACCUGGAUGGGAGGACCUUAAAAAAGUUUUCAAAGGUAGGAAGGCCGAUCCGAGGAAAGACUGGUAUAAGGACUCUUGUGCCAAUGGUGAUCCUAAGGGACUAGAUCCAUACAAAUGGGAUAUAGUUGAAGUCAAUGGCACCUUGGCGAAGUUUUUCAAAGCUUAG